AUGGCGACCGAACCCCCCCAUCCAUUGUGGCUCAAAAUUGUUCUUGGCUUCCAGCUGUUCUUCGCCCUCGUCACUCUCGCCCUCUCGGCGUAUGCUCUCUCCGUCGUCGGCUCCUACAGCGGCUACGGCCUCAACAUCUUCACCUCAAUCGCGACCUUCGCGUACAUCGGCUACAUCGUAGCCUACACUUUCUACAUCCCGACCAUCUACAACAUCUACAUUUCCCUCGGUUCGCAGGCCUUCCUAGCAAUCUUCUGGCUCUCCACUUUUGGUACAAUUGCCGCGCUCGCCGCCGCUUUUGGAGCCGUCGAGUCAUAUAGUAGCUAUAGCGGCGGCUACUACUAUAGAUAUAGCAGUGGGGCAUCCGACAGUUGGACGACCGUCGGGGACGUCACGAAGGCCCUCGCCGCGCUCACGGCGUUUAUCUGGGUCUCCUUUGUCGCUACUCUCGUCUACACCACCCUCGUAGCUAUCCGCCAAAACCGCGAUACUAGCGCCGCCGCCGCCCCCGCCGCAAUCGAGGAGCACAAGUUGGGUCCCGUCGGUGGCCCAACACCCACUUCUUACCAGCCGGUUGAGCAGUACGCCCAGCAGCCGCAGUACGCCGCUCCCUACGCCACCCCCGGCGCUGAGUACCCCCCGCAGCAGCAGCAGUUCCAGGAGCAGCCAACGGGAUACCCCCAGCAGACUGUCAGCCCAGGCCCAUAUCAGCAGGCCCCUGUCCAGUACCCGCAGCAGACUGGGAGCCCAGCACCAUACCAGCAGAGUGUGAGCCCAGCACCAUACCAGCAGUCCCCCGUCCAGCACCCGCACCAGACCGGGAGCCCCGCAGCGGCAGGUAAUAUUCAGGAGGCGCCCUAA